AAGAAAGACUGAUAGAGAGAGAGAGAGAGAGACGACAACAACGACAACCACCACCACCACCACCACCACGAUGCCCCUGGUCCUCCUGUCAGGUUUCCCCAGCAGCGGCAAGAGUCUGAGGGCGCGGCAGAUCACAGACUACCUGGAGGCCGAGAAGGGCAAGAAAGUGACUGUUGUGAGGGAAAAUGAGGCGCUGGGAGAGGACAAGAAUGGAGUGUUCAGUGACUCUCAGCAGGAGAAGGAGAUCCGUGGGAGGCUGAAGGCUGAAGUGCUGCGGACACUGAACAAGGACGACGUGGUGAUCCUCGAUGCUGCUAACUACAUCAAGGGCUUCCGGUAUGAGCUGUACUGUGCCAGCAAGCAGUACAACACAACACAGUGCCUGGUGCAGUGUCCCGUGGCGAUAGAGGAGGCAUGGGGCUGGAACCUGGAGAGACCUGAGGGGGAGCAGUAUCAGAGGGAGGUGUUUGAUGGCUUGGUGCUUCGCUAUGAGGCUCCCAACAGCACCAACAGGUGGGACGCCCCAAUGUUCACCGUGCUGCGGGACACGCCACCCUUUGAGGACAUCUACGCAGCGCUCUUCCUCACCAAACCACCGCCCCCAAACCAGUCCACCCAAACACAGCCGCUUUCAUCCACCAACUUCCUCUACGAGCUGGACAAAUCAACGCAGGAAGUGACCAGCAGCAUAAUGACAGCACAGAAGACAGCCACAGCAGGAGAGGCCAUCAGAGUGCCAGGGGUGGAGGAGGCUGUGUGUCUGGGCCGUAAGGUAACCCUCGGUGAGCUGGCCAGGGCACGGCGACAGUUUAUCACCUACAGUAAGAUGCACCCUGUAGAAGAUCGGCAGAAGAUAAUGCUACUCUUCGUCCAAUAUCUCAACAGUACUUUAGCCUAACCACCACAACCACCACUUGUUGUUAUUACUGUAUACGGGUGUGGAUGAAAUGUGUGGAUUAUGAGAAAUGUGAAAUCUAAGAGGCAUGUGUAUCUGAUGUGAAUGUUCAGGUGAAGAGGAAAAAAUGGAUGAAUGGAGUGUGUGUGUGUAUGUGUGGAAGUAAACACUGUGUGGAGAUGUGAGGUCAAGUGGAAGACUGUGAAAGGAUGGAAUAGAGGAGUGUUAGAUGUGAUGUGUGGAGUGAGAUAAUGUGGUAAGCAUGACAAACCACAAAAUAAACAUUAUCUAGUUGGUGUGUGUGUGUGUGUGUGUGUGUGUGUGUGUGUGUGUGUGGAAUAGAGGGUUAGAGUGACAGGUGUUUAGUGAGGUAAUGUGCAGCAUGACAAGACACAGUAAACAUUGCCAUUUGCUAUUACAAGGCUGUGUGUGAGAGAAACAAGAGCUGUGACAAGACUUAAGAGGUGUUAGUAACGUUUGUACCACCACCACCACCACCACAAAAACCAUCACUACCCCCACCACCAC